AGGAAAAAAAAGAAAAAACACUCCACUACCUCCACACCUUCCUGCAGCUGCCACAGCGUUCUGUUACAGUUUCGAACAAAGCCAUGGACCCUGAAUACUACCAAUCUCAUAACAUGUGUUGGGGAACCCUCGGAACGGUGCGACCCUUCCCCAAUUUCUACCCUGAGCAGGAUGUGGUGAAGAUCCAGGCCGCGCUGGAGAGGAAAGAUGCAGUGACUCUGGUGAGAAUCCUAACCAAUCGGACCAACGCUCAGAGGCAAGUGAUCGCCAACACCUUCGAAGAACUGACGCAAAAGGACCUGGCAACUGGUGUGAAGAAAACUCUGUCUGGAGACGUGGAGACUCUGCUGCUGGAGCUGCUGAUGCCUCCUCUGCAGUAUGAGGCUUACCGCCUGCAGCAGGCCAUGGUGGGUUUAGGCACAGAUGAGAAUACACUGCUGGAGAUCCUGUGUACACAAUCCGGAGAGAAGCUUCGAGAAAUCAGCACCACGUACAGACAACUGUUCAAGAAGGACCUGGAGAAUGAACUGAAAGGAGAAACCAGCGGAGACUUUACUAAGCUUCUUUUGGCUUUGUUGAAUAAAGAAGCUGUUGUUAGUGGAGUUCAAAGAGAUAUUGAGUCUCUCUCUGCUUCGCUGAAUGGGAAAAAAGCUGAAACAGGACCGUGGAUUAACAUUCUGACCUCUAGAGACUCACACCAUCUCAACGAAGUGCUGCAGGGACUGGAGCUGCAGAGAGGACAUGUGGUGGAUCAGGUUCUGGAGAAAAGGUUUACGGGAGACUUCCAAAUGGGUUUGAAAGUUUUAGUACAGUGCAUCCAAAACCCCGACCUCUACCUCGCCAGAAGACUAGUUAACACGAAGACCCCAAUAGUGCAGGGCAUUAUGGUUUCUCACUCGGAGGAAGACCUGCUGUGUAUCCGAGCAGCCUACCUCAAAUUAACGGGCACUUCUCUCUACACUGCUCUACAGAAACAAUACAAAGGAUAUCAUCUACAGGCUCUGCUGGCCAUCUGUCGAUCCGAAGAUUAAACAAAAGCUACACGCAUUUUGAGUAGCUGCAUAUCUUUAUAGAUCUUCUUUUCCCCCUUGAAUCAAGUCUGUUGUAAUAACUUCAUGUUCUUCUGCUGAUUAUCAUAUGUUCUCAUUUAAUGAUAUGCUUUGCUCAUGCUUGUUUUAAUACAUGUGUACAAAUACAUGCAACAAAAUGUAAAUAAACAAGUUACA